AACAUCCAUUUCAACAUGAUCAUCUAACGCGUGAACAAAAUCUUUAUUAUGAGAAUGAUUUUGUUAAUGAAACUGAUACAAAACUUGAUGAAUUUAUAGCACAAGGAAGAGAAGUACUUAAUAAUAUGUAUGAUCAAAAUGAUACCUUAAAAAAUGCUCAACGAAAAUUACUUGAUGCGGCUAAUACUUUGGGAUUAUCUCAUAAUGUAAUUCAAUAUAUAGAACGUAUAUCAUUUCAAGAUAAAUGGAUUUUUAUAGGUGGAGCAAUUAUUACUUUAUUCUCUAUGUGGGCUAUUUUACAUUAUUUAACUUAA